ACCUGACUCAAAUCAGAAAAUUUCUCCCACAGUCCACACUCAAGCACACACAGCUAGAAAAUAAGCUCACGAAAUUCAAGAUGAGGGGGUUUCUUCUCCUAAGAGUAGCUCAAAAGGCUGUAUCUUCUUCUGGGAUUCAAAGUAACUUUCAAUUUUCGUCAAAGCGCUGCUUGUGUCUCUUCUCAAAUCAACUCCACUCUCAUGCAUCGUCAUCGUUCGGCAUUGCAUUUGACAUCGAUGGCGUCCUCCUCCGAGGAAGCAUUCCGAUUGGCGGUUCUUCUCAUGCUCUCAGACGCCUCUACGACAAUUUUGGGACUAUGAGAGUUCCUUUUGUUUUUCUGACAAAUGGUGAGUGAUUCUCUUAAAUCAAUUCGUAUAAGUAAUUCAAUUUUCAAAUAGUCAUGCAGUAAUGCCCAUAUCUUUGUGCAGUAGAAUACAGUGCACAUGUGGUCUUUGAUGGUCUCCUUUUUAUGCAAAACCGGAACUUUAUCACUUCCCCUUUCACCACGUGGAUAAUUUUAUACACGAUCUACCAAGAAAUGAAAAGUUGGCCUUCAAUUGUUUUUGUCUGCAAAACAAUUGAGCUCUAUGGGUGGUAUUAUUUUUAAGUAUUGACCUCGUAGCACUUCUAGCUUAUAUACAUAUAAUCAUUCACUCAUUUUUCUCAGAGUAGGAUGUAGUGAUUAACUCUUUAAUAUUCUUUACUCCAGCCAUUGCAAUUUUAGUGUAUAAAACAGCUCUAAGUUUUUCCGGUCCAGAACUGAAGUUCUCUUUUCUCAUCUGAGUCAUCUCCCAUGUUUCCUCAUACUUUCCGUCACUUGUGGAUGCAAACAUAUUUAUGUUCUUCAUGAAUACUAAACCACUAUUAUAUUUAGUUCUCGCUCUCUUAUCCCAUUAAAUUGGAGUGCACUGCUUUCAGAUUUGUAACCUUCCAUCUAGUAGUUUUUUACUUGUCUUUCUGUUAGAGAGCACUUUCCCAUUUCUUUACGGCAUUUUGGUUAAACAUUCUUGGAGAGGGCUUUCGAGGGGAUGGCUUUUGAGGACUUAGUGACAUAGUCUAUAUGGAAUGUGUGUAUAUUAUAUAUGUAAAUUAUAUAUGUAUAUAUAGAGUUAAGAUCAUAUCAGUUUGAUUGACGGGAUUCCCAUUAGGCCAACUUCAUUUUUGGCUAAAAAAUGAAGUCAAUGAGCCAAUUUUUUACUGACUAGUCCUACUCUAUAUUCUGUAUGUGUAUAUAUAUAAUAUUAUACAAGACACAAGGUGAAAGGUUAACAUAUUAUGUGAUUGUAUGACAUUUCAAUAUCUAUUUGUUGUUAGAAAUGUUGAACUUUCCAAGAUAUAUAGUAAGUCUUCCAAAAAACCCUGCCCUCCAAAUCCUCCAUCCAAGCAGAGCCUCAGAGAGAAGUGACUUAUUGUAUUAUACUAUUAUAGUUUAUACACAAGGCCUUAUUUGUCAUCUUUAGUAUUCAAUAGGAGGUGGCGUUCCUGAAUAUGAAAGAGCAAGGGAGCUGGCCAGUUUGCUGAGAAUCAACAUCCUCUCUUCACAAGUGUGAUUGUUUGGACACCUGGCAACAGAUUAUUUGAUCAGUUUUUCUACUCUUGUAAUUUGUACUUUUAAGAAAAUAUAGUCGACACAUGUUAAAUUCUCGAGUGUCUUUUUUAUUUUUGCCACUCUCAACUUCAAUAACGGUGCAGGUUCUACAAGGCCAUACCCCGUUUAAACAUUUGGUGAAAAGAUUUGAGAAUGAAUUCAUUGUGGCUGUUGGGAAAGGUGAACCUGCUAAAGUAAUGUCUGAAUAUGGUUUCAGAAAUGUCCUCUCAAUGGAUGAGUAUGCAUCAUUUUUUGAGAAUAUUGACCCAUUGGCACAAUACAAGGAGUUCGCUGAUAAGCAGUUUGUUAGUCAUCAGAAAGUCACUUUGAGACAAGACCCUUGCUCAGAGAGUGUCCAAGCUGUCUUCAUUGUUAGUGAUUCAAUUGAUUGGUGCAGAGAUAUUCAGGUUCUUUGUGAUAUCUUGAGGACGGGAGGCCUACCAGGAAGAGAGGUUGCGCACCAGCCACCUAUUUUUUUUGCAAACGAUGACCUUGCUUAUCAGGCACUGUUUCCCUCCGAACGUCUUGGAAUGGGUGCUUUCAGAGUUGCUCUAGAAUCUAUAUAUAAUAGCAUUCACCAAAAGCCUUUGGAAUAUACAUCUUAUGGGAAACCAAACCCUUUUGUAUUCAAAAAUGCUGAAGCAACAUUGAUGCAACUUCAGUUGCCUCAUCAGGCUGCUACUGGUGGAAUGCAUUCUUUUAAAACCUUGUAUAUGGUUGGGGAUAAUCCAAUUGUAGAUAUCAAUGGAGCUCGGCAGGCCGGCCCCCCUAGGUUCUCUAUCUUGACAAAGACAGGCGUUUUCAAGGGACGUGUAAACGAGACUGAUUUUUCAGCAGAUCUGGUUGUUGACACCGUGGAAGAGGCAGUGGAUUAUAUUUUGAGUAGGGAACGUUACUCUUCAUAAGAAAAAAGGGAGCAAGCUUUAUUUAGUUAAGAGGAACAAAUACUUGUGAGAGAGCUAGCAAAUUUGGUUCUGACGAGUUGAGUUAAGUUAAGACUUCAUAGUCUCUUUGACUCUUUCCUUCACGGCACAUUAUUUGUCUCGUCUUUUAUCCUAAACACUUCGUAUAAUUUUGGUUUCCCAAAUCCCAACCAAGACUUUGAUCUCCCAUUCUUAUUUCCUCGCACAAUACUUCAAAACUGCAUUUACAACUAAUUUCUCAUGUAUAUUACGAAAAUUACUACUCGUAUUAUACACAUUUCACUAAUACAUAUAUCCUGAC